CACUCCAGUCAGCCGUCAUCCGUCACCACCAUCCCCAAUCCCCAAUUCCCCACUCGCUCGUUCCGUACACGCCACUACCCCUCUCUUUCCCCCACCUCCGCCGCCGCACUCCACCCCAUGGACUCCCCGCCGCCGCCGCCGCCCUCGCUCCCGCCAGUCACCCUCCCCUGGCCGGACCUCCUUGCCGGCGCGGCGUCCUCCACGCGCCGCCUCAUCGCGGCCCACUCCCGCCACUUCCUCGCGCUCUCCUCGCUGCUCCUGCUCCCGCUCGCGCUCCUCCUCCUCGCCCUCCCCUGCCCCUUCCUCCCCGCCUCCGCCUCCAACCCCGCCGCCCCCUCCGUCUCGCUCCGGGCCCCGCCGGAUCCGCGGCGGAACCCGCUGCCCCUCCCGCUCCCGCUCCUCGCCCUCGCCGCCGCGCUCCUCUACCUCGCCGCCUUCGCCGCCGCCGCGGCCAGCGCGCACGCGGGCUUCUUCGGCCGCCCCGUCAGGCUCCUCGCCUCGCUCUGCUCCGUGCCGGCCUCCCUCAUCCGCCUCGUCAUCACCGCGCUCCCGGCCUCCCCGCUCCUCCUACUCCCCCUGCUCCCGCUCCCUGCCCCGCUCCGCGCAGCGCUCCCCGUCCUCGGCGCCGUCCUCCUAUCCCCCUUCUGGUCCCUCGCCGGCGCCGCCGCUGUGGUCGAAUCAACAGCCGGUUUCGCCCCGCUCCGCCGCAGCUGCCGGCUGCUCUGGGGCGCGCGCCUCGCCGCGCUCUUCGCGUUCCUGGUCUUCGGCGCCGGGAUCUGCGUCACGCUCUGGGGGUUCGGCGGGGUGGCCGCGGAGACGUGCGAUGCUGCCGCUGGGUGGUCUGCGAUGGCGCCCGUGGUGGUAAAGGCGGUGGCUGGCACAGCGCUGCUCGCCGUGAUGAUGCUGUACGGGAUGGUGGCCAACAUUGUGCUGUACAUGCACUGCCGUGCGCAGCAUGGGGAGCUUGCUGGGGAGAUCUACAACGAGUUCGCCAACAUGUAUGUCUUCCUGCCCUUUGAUGAUGGCAAGGAUCGGCAUGUCGUUUCGGUGGUUACUGUUUGGCCAUGAUUUAUUUCAGUAGGAGCAACCAGUUGCGCUUUUGAUCGGGUGUGCGUCUCUGUUCAUAUGUGCAUAAGUGUUUAUUUAAUUGUGCGAAUGUUCUGAUCAAAUGCUGUACUAUUAGGUCCCGUUUGGUUA